GUCGAAAACAAUGUAUCUGGAGGACAGAACACAUGAACUUCGUUGCUGAUAUGCUGAACAUAACCUUUGCUGCUGAUAUGGUGUUAAAUCAAUGAUUGAAUAAAUAAAUAAACAAUGAUUGUAAUGCAUUCUACUUUACAUCUACUUGUAGUUAACUAUCACUAUUAUUAUAGAAAAUAAUUUAAAUUGAUUUGACACAUUAACGUUUGGUUCUUCUUAUGACAUAUUAUUAUAAUUGCAUUAUGCAUGAAAUUAAUUCUGCAUCAUAUUUUUCUCCUUUUCUUUGUUGAACAUUAAUUUGAACAUUUAUAUUGUGAUGUGUCUGUAAAAACCCAACAUAAACUGCACCAUGAGAAACUCCUGUGCCUUCUUCCCCCUGCUGUGUCUCUUUCGCUCUCUCUCUCUCUAGUUAUUUGUUCAUAUGUGUAUGUUUCCUUCUGUAAAGAAUUGUUCUUUUUGAUUGGUUUUGAGCUGGAAAGUUUUACUCUGAAGAUCUGCAGUCUUGAUAGCAUAACACAAUCCUAACCCAUACCAUAACCCUGCUAACGUGAGCCCAUCUGAAGACUCAUAACUUAAUCCGUUCCCUAGCCCAAAUCCUGAACUUGAGAAUUUUUUCAGUCCACUUUGCUUUUUCUUAUUUCUUACAUUUCAUUCAACUCCUUUUUUAUCUAUUAUUUUCCCCUUGAAUGUUUCAUUUUCCCCCUUUUUUCCUUUAUUCUCCUCCUUUUGUUUGUUCUCCAUUCACACAGAUCAGGCUGCAGCUUUGGGACACAGCAGGACAGGAGCGUUUCCGUAGUCUCAUUCCCAGUUACAUCAGAGACUCUGCUGCUGCUGUUGUAGUUUACGACAUCACAAAUGUCAACUCAUUCCAGCAGACCACCAAAUGGAUCGAUGAUGUCCGAACAGAACGGGGAGGUGAUGUCAUAAUCAUGCUGGUGGGAAACAAAACAGACCUUGCAGAUAAAAGGCAAGUUUCUAUUGAGGAAGGAGAGAGGAAAGCCAAAGAACUGAAUGUAAUGUUUAUUGAAACUAGCGCUAAAGCCGGAUACAACGUCAAACAGCUUUUCCGGCGUGUAGCAGCAGCUCUUCCUGGUAUGGAGAGCACACAAGACAAGAGCAGAGAAGACAGUAUCCUACACGCAUAUGUGCAUAAACUUACAUAUGUAAUUGCGCACUUGCAAUCACUUGUUUUAGUACCCGAUUGUCCAUCUGUAUAAAUUUUGCAGUUUAAACAAACACACUACAAAAAACUUUGUAUAUUUCCUUAAUUCCUUUUUC